AUGGUCUCCAUCAGUAAAGUUUUGCCAGAGGCUACACUUAUUUACUAUGCGAUGAGCAACCUUGGUGAUCCGGAAGAAGUGCCGGAGUUUCGAGGUUCAUCCGGAAAGGUUGUUUUGGGUGUGGAGUUUUCGGAUGAUGAGAAUUUGGAUCCUUUGGAAUCUAAAGUCAUUGCUCCCUGGAAGGCGAAGGCAGUACUGCGGAGUGGCUCUCUUAGUGAGGAUACGGAGGAGCGUGGUACUGAAGGGAGUUCUGAGAGACUGAAGAUGGUUGAUGCGAUACCAGACGUUGAAAUUUUGUCAAGUACAGAGGUGUUAUCUCCGAAGCCAUUAGCUUUUGAAAGUGUUUUGAAGGAGAACAAGGAAAGAGAACCUCCAGUUGUCGUUGUUCUCGCUAAAGAGGUGUAUGAAGAUCCUGUUGCUCUGCUUGGUAACCCUAUGGUUUCGUCAGGAGUGUCAGCUAGAGGGAUUGAAACUUUUCGUCCAGGCUUUCAGCGUGUGCAUUCCGGAUCUAUACUUAAUAGCUCUCACCUCUGGCAGGAUUGGUUUGCUAACAUCUUUCCCCCAGCCCAUAAGGAUUAUCUUCUUACCAUUCUGGAUGAGGAUGUGGCUCAGAGGGCUACUUUUGCUUCUCUGGAGACUAGCCUGGAGAAGAGGUUGGUGGAGUUGGGUGAUACUUCUGCUCAAACCCAAGAGGAGAAUAAGAAUCUCAUCAAAGAACUUGAGGCGCUGCAGGACCGGCACUUGUUGAUUACUGAGGGUAUUCUUUACUUUUUUAGUGAGGGUUUAUCCAAUUCUGUGUUUCAGAGGCAGUUCAAAAGGUUGUCGUAUUAUCAGAAAGCCAUUGGUGAGCACAAAAUGGCGUUGCACUACCAUUCCACUUUUGAGGGUGUGAAGCUAGAGGAGAUGCCUGGUUACAAUCCUAAUGUAGUUGCCAAGGCCCAGGAAGCUAAGGGGGCUCUUCAUCAUCUAGCUCUGGGUUACCACAAAGUUUUGGCUAACAAUGCUCAGAAUCCUACUCCCAUACUUAUGGGUAUUCAUGCUAAGCGUCUAAUGCCUAAUCCGGAGGCCAGUACUUCCCGCACUGUAGCAGCACAUGAAGCUUCUGGUACUAGAGAUGGAGAAGGGGAGGUGAACCAGAGACAAGUUUGA